AUGGGCAAAAAGAAGUCGAAAGGCGAAUACAACGAUUUCCUAGAUGGCGAGAAGCUGCGCGACAACACCGAGAUCAGGACGACAUUACAGGGCUUUGCAUCUCGAGACAUCCCAUCACCAUCAGUACAAAAAGACCAGAAAGACAGCAAGAAACCAGGCAAAGGCGGCGCAAAGAAACCACAACUCACCCACUUCCUCUGUCUCCCCCUAGUCACCGACUCAAGCCGCCCACAACUCCAGCAAAGACUCGAAAACUUCAAAGAAGAGCUAUCAAAAGAUGGGCCCGUCCCCACGAAAGCCGUCCGACUAGUCGGCACCCUGCACCUCACCCUCGGCGUAAUGAGUCUCUCCCCGCAGCAACUAUCCUCAGCGCAAGAAUACCUUUUAGACCUCGACCUGCACACCCUCCUACGCGACAUAACCCACCUCCGCGUCGCAGAAGCCGCCGCCGAAAGCGGCGAGAUAGCCGAGAACCUCAAUGCCGCUGCCAUGCCCGACACGGACGCUUUGACUGUUAACCUAGAAUCCUUGGUUCCUAUGCAAGCGCCGCAUAAAACGAGUAUCCUGUAUGCGGAACCGAGGGAUGUGUCGCAGCGGUUGUAUCCUUUUGCUGAGGCGCUGCGAGAGAGGUUCACGGAGAUGGGGCUGUUGGUUGAGGAUACCAGGCCGUUGAGGUUGCAUGCUACGGUUCUGAAUACGAUUUAUGCGAAGCCGAAGGGGAGAGGGGGGAGGGGGAGGACAGAGUCAUCCCGUCCGAUCGGUGAAGGUCAUGGUCCUGAUGGCAAGAGUUGGAUGCGCUUUGACGCCCGCAAUCUGAUUGAGAAGUACAAGGGUUUUGUCUGGGCGGAGGGUGUCAGGGUGGAUAGAGUCUGUAUCUGCAAGAUGGGCGCGAAGAAGAUUUGGAGUGGGGGUGCGGAAGGACAGGGAGAGGUGGUGGAUGAGCGGUAUGAGGUUGUUUGCGAGAAGGAAAUCUUUUGA